AUGGCCAGGUUGAUGGAUGAGAGCAAGUUCUUGCAAAACAAUCCACGGCUGGGGAUCCAUCCGCAGGAGACAGAGAAACGUGCAGCACAGGUUGUGAUCAAAGAACUUGAGGUUCGGAGCAGUGGUUUGCUCGCCUACUCCACCAAAGCAGGUGGUCCACUGAUCGUGGAGGUUGGAAGCCACUUCGAUGUCGUGCCAGCUGAACCAGAGCAGUGGUCCAAGGAUCCUUUCCAUCUGACUGUGGAGGAUGAUAAUCUCUACGGACGUGGAACAACUGAUUGCUUAGGCCAUGUGGCUCUUUUGACGUGCUUCUUGCGAGAACUUGGGCGAACCAAGCCGAAGCUCAAGAGAAGUAUUGUGGUAGUCUUCAUUGCUGCCGAGGAGGGCGCCGAAAAGAACGUGGGAGUGGACAAGGUCCUGGAGAAAGGGAAGUUGGAAGAGGCGAAGAAUGGACCUGUCUAUUGGGUGGACAGCGCCGACUCCAACCCAUGUUGUGGAACAGCUGGCGCCAUCUCGUGGUCAUUGAAAUGCAAGGGCAGACUUUUCCACAGUGGCUUUCCCAACAAGGCCAUCAAUUCCAUUGAGAUGGCCCAAGAGGCUAUGGGCUUCCUCCAGGAGAGGUUCUACAACGACUUCCCUCCAUUGCCAGAGGAGGGCCUCUACUCUUUUACCACAGGGUCACAUAUGAAACCGACCCAAAUCGAAUGUUCCAAGGGCUCCUUCAACCAGAUCCCAGCAGAGACCACCAUCCAUGGCGACAUCAGGCUCUCACCUUUCUAUGAGGUGGAGGAUGUGGUAGAGCACAUUGAACAGUACAUCAAGGAUUUGAACAGCGAGCUCAAUGAUCUGGAAACGCACAAUCGAGGACCUUGGAGUAAAUUUGUGUUGCCCUUGAACGUGCAGGUUCAAGAUGGUGAACUUCGGAAGGGAAAGGUGGAGCUGAAUUGGAUGGGAAAUAUGGACACCUUUAAGCUCUACGCCGGCAUCGCCGUGAAACUGGAAUCGGAUGGCCACAAGGCUUUGGUGCAAGCCUUCCGGGAAAGCAAUGACGGACCUGCCGCUCCGCUGUGCAGUUGUGACGGCUGGAACACGCCAAGACUGGGUGGAGUACGACACAG